AUGGAUGAAGACCAUAGUUGGAGUGUGGUACAGUUUAUGGAAGACCACACAGUAGAGGCUGUGCCAACUGCUUGGAUUCAAGGUGAUCAAUGCCACUGGCCUGCAUAUACACCUGAUAAGGUCAUUAAUGCAAUAAGAAAAUCUGAGCCCCUCAACACAUGUUGGACAUCCCACCGAGUAAAAGUGUUUCGAAAUGCAACUUUCAAUGAUUACAUGAGAGCCAGAAAUAAGGCCAAAGUGGCCGAAGAAACAAGUGACCUCGCAUCUGAGGCUGAAAUGGAAUCUACAAAAAGAAAAAGAAAACUAAAAAAAGUAUUUUCUUCGUCCAGCAGUGAAGAAGACUCUAUGGAAAAUAAUAAUAUAAAAAAGAGUUUACCUACACCUCCCAUCCUGAAAAAAUUAAAAAGCAAACUGACGACGCAGCCAGAAAAAGAAGAUGUUUGCCCAAAUUCUCCUUCAAAUUCUGCUGACUUCAGUAUUUUGGAAAUACAACCACCAGCAGCUUCCUGUGAGGCUUGCAUAGAGAAAGAUAAAAAUUUUAAGACCUUGAUUCAACAAAACCAUCUGUUAAGGUCAAUUACACAGGACAUCCUAUCAGAAAUAAAAAACUUGAAAGAAGAAAUCAAGGGACAAGUGAGAGCCCCACCAGCAUCCUCAGUAUUCAACAAGUACCCAAAUUUUCAAUUUCCAUUGAAUAAUGAAGAAGAAUUUUCAAUGUUCGAAGAAAUCCUUACUAAUGUGGAAAAUUUUAAUGAUUGGGUGACUGAAUUAGCCAAAGCUGGUGGAAGUGAUCAUUAUAAUUUCAUUAAACGAGUGCUACAUACCUUGAUCACCAAUGAUUUAGCAUUGAAGUUCAGUUGGUUAGGACGAAAAUGUAAGAAGCCUUUUUUCGAAACUAACAUGGCAAGACUGAUAAUGUGUGCAGCUGAACAGACAAAUACAUUCAUUGACCGCAAAAAAACGGAAACUUCAAUUCAAUUAUGGCUAAGAAGAGCAGGAGAUCGAAAAUUGUCAAAAGAAAAUAAAAAUAUGUAAAUAU